AGAAUAUUGAGUAAUUUGGAGAAAGAGAAAGAGAUUUCAGAUAAUUUAAACGCGUCAUUUUUAUCAAUUGAUAAUGAACAGUCAUUGUCUAGUGAUAAAAGAGAAGCGGAAGGAGCCAGAACAUUGUACACAGCCAACGUCGGUGACGCUAGAGCAGUUCUAUGCAGAGCAGGUCAAGCAAUUAGAUUAACCUACGACCACAAGGGAUCAGACGAUAAUGAGCAGAAGAGGAUAAUGGAUGCUGGUGGAUACAUACUUAAUGGGAGAGUGAAUGGAGUAUUGGCAGUCACAAGAGCAUUAGGGGAUAGUCCAAUGAAGCAAUACGUCGUAGGUUCACCAUACACCACAGAAAUAGACAUCACCGACGAUGACGAAUGGUUGGUUAUCGCCUGCGAUGGCUUAUGGGAUGUCGCAACUGACAGCGAGGUCUGCGAACUGAUAAAAGAGUGCAAAUCUGGUGAGGAGGCUAGUAAAUUAUUAUUAGAAUACGCUUUAAAUAAUUUAUCGACCGAUAAUUUAUCGAUUGUUGUAAUUAAAUUUUAAACUCCCUUUCUUUAUUACGCUCAAGAAUGGGUUCUACGUUAUCAGCACCGGUCGUCGACAAGUCCUAUGCGACUGGAGAAGACGCCGACUUUGUCUACGCAGUCUCUGAAAUGCAGGGUUGGCGGAUAAGCAUGGAAGACGCUCAUACAGCUGUUUUAGACCUCAAUAGAGCUCAUGAUUCUCAUGCUCCAGAAUCCCAGGACGCCCAGAAUGCAAAAUCUUUCGAAACUAAAGAAUCCAAUCCGACAAACUCUAAAAAACCUGCAUUCUUCGCUGUUUAUGACGGUCAUGGUGGUUCAAACGUCGCCAGAUAUACGGGUGCCACUUUGUACGCUAGAUUAGCAAGAUCCGAAGAGUUUAAGUCCGGUGAUUGGCACAACGCUCUCAUAAACAGCUAUUUAAACACGGACGAGGCUAUCAAAGCAAACCCUGAGUUAUCUUCUGAUCCUUCAGGUUGUACCGCCGUCUCUGUUUUAAUCACUCCACCAGAACCAACAGCUACAAACUCAUCAAUAUCCGCAAGAAAGGUUAUUUGCGCCAACGCCGGUGACUCCAGAGCGGCCUUAUCAUUAGCCGGUCAAAGUUUACCCCUCUCAUACGAUCAUAAACCACAAAAUGAGGCAGAGUCUGAUAGAAUUGUUAAAGCAGGCGGUUUCGUUGAAAUUGGCAGAGUAAAUGGAAACCUCGCGUUGUCACGUGCUAUUGGUGACUUUGAAUUCAAGCAAAACCCAGACCUCGGCCCAGAGGCUCAAAUUGUCACCGCAGUACCUGAUAUCAUCGAGCACGAAUGUACUGGCGAAGAAGAAUUCUUAAUCCUCGCUUGUGACGGUAUUUGGGAUUGUUUAUCCUCACAACAAGUUGUGGAUAUCACCAGAAGAGCCAUCGCUAAUGGUGAAGAACUCAAGGAUAUUUGCGCUCACAUCAUGGAUAAAUGUUUAGCACCUGACUCAGAAUUAGGUGGUAUUGGCUGUGAUAACAUGACAAUCACAAUCGUUGCAAUCUUGGGUGAAAAAUCAAAGGAUGAAUGGAGACAAUGGGUCAAGGAAAGAGUUGAAAAUGGAAUUGGCUACAGCACCCCAGAAUCAGUUCCAGAUAUUUUUGAAAAAUCCGAAUUGCCAAUUGAUAGAUCAAACGACCAGGCAACCUUCGAUGCUAACAGAUUUGGCAACUCGCCGUUGUCUAUUUUGUCAAAUAUGGCAGGCGCGUCCGGUUCCUCUUUGCAAGAAGCUUUAGAAUCUGGUGGAAUUGUAUUUCAACCUUCAGGAUCAGUAACCAACAAAGACGGCCAAUUGGUUUAUGCUUCAUUAUCAGAUGAUAGUGAAGAGUCUGAUGAAGAGUCAAAUUCCUCACAACAAAAGAUUGUACCAAUUAAGGAUGGUGAUGAAAGACAAAUCGAAGCAUCCGGUGGUUUGACAGACACAUCAGAAGAUCCAAUUAAGAGUAUGAACUUGGCUACUAAUAGUGAUAAAGAAGAAAAGGAGUAAAUUGUCAUCGAUUACAAGUGAUUCUUAUACAUAUAAAAUUGUAUACCCCAGCCAUCAACAUCGACCACUUAACAAAUCAAUGAACCUUACCGAAAACAAACCGUCUCCUAAUUUAGAAAUCACUUAAUUUAAAACAUGAAUUUGAUGAAUACACUCAAUUAACGCUGAUAGCAGUCAUAAUAAAAUUUUCAAAAAUCAAAAAUCGUUUCGUUUAUCUCUUGUUACUCUUUGAAAGGUUAAUGUAUUAAUUCUUUUAUUUGGCUUAUUUUUAUUUGGCUUGUUUCUUUUUU